AUGGCCUCGACUGAUCAGACGUGGGAAUUCAUCGUUGUGGGUGGUGGCCCGGCGGGUUGUGCCCUUGCUUCAAGGCUCGCUCGGUCAGCGCGACGCCCUCAGGUCCUCCUGCUUGAAGCCGGCCCUCGUAAGGAUGAUCCAUCGCUGCGUGUGGACGGCCAGCGAUGGCAAACCUUUAUGAAUGGGGAUCUGAAUUGGGGCUACAAGACCACCCCGCAAGAGCACUGUAAUGGUCGACAGAUCGACUAUUCUCGGGGCAAGGUGCUGGGUGGCAGCAGCGCCAUCAACUUCGGUGUCUACACCGUGGGUGCGCGAGACGACUAUAACCAAUGGGCUGGGCUUGUUGGUGAUGACUUGUUUCUCUGGGAGCGCAUGCAGGCUCGAUUCAGGCAGUUGGAGACAUUCAACGGUGCCAUUGUGGACCCAAAGAACAGCAAAUAUGCGACCCCAAAGACCUCGGACCACGGCUCCCAGGGGAGUCUGAAGGUGGGCUAUGCGGCUGAAUGGGAGCAGGAUCUUCCUCUCAUGAUGGAUGUGUUCGAGCAGGCUGGCCUGACUCGCAACCCUGACCACAACUCGGGAGACCCAAUUGGAAUGGCUUUGGUCAUCAAUUCAUCUCACCAGGGCCGAAGGGUGACGGCAACUGAUCUUUUGGAUGGGGCACCAUCUAAUCUGACUAUCAUAACGGAGACACCAGCGCUCAAGCUCGUACUCCAAGGCACCAAGGCCGUUGGUGUGGAAACCAAGGGGGCAAGAUACUUCGCAUCUAAGGAAGUGAUCUUAACAACCGGAUCACUGGACACGCCCAAGAUUCUGAUGCAUUCGGGACUUGGACCAGCGGACCAACUACAACAAUUCGGUAUCCCCGUUGCCAAGGACAUGCCUGCGGUAGGUCAAGGUCUUCGUGACCACUUCUUUGCACCGUUGUGCUUCCAACGGAACCCGACAACGAACGAUCGCGACGCCUUCUUCGGCAACCCGGCCGCCAUGGAGUCUGCUCUAGAGCAAUGGAGCAAAGAUGGCACUGGACCAUGGGCACGUCACUCGUGUCAGAUUGGCGCCGGCUGGCUCAAAUCGGAUCGAUUGGUCGCAUCUGAGGAAUUCAAAGCACUACCUCCGACUGUGCAGGAUUUCCUACAACGCGACACGGUGCCACAUUAUGAGUUCAUGACACACUUCCCACUGCAUCUCAUCGCUCCCGAGCCCUUUAAAGAUUACAGCUACGUCUGUAUGCUCGUGUUUUUGAUGAACGAGCAAUCCAGUGGCGAAGUACGCCUGCAGUCAGCCAACCCUGAAGACCCUCUGUUGUUUGACCCGAAGUUCCUGUCACACCCGUUUGACAGGCGCGCAUGUAUUGAGAUCUACCGCCAUGCGCUAGAGGUAACGAAGCAUGAAUCUUUCCAGAAGGACACAGUGUCCGCAUUGAUUGCUCCUCCGUCCGAGUCGGAUGAGGAUAUCCUAGAGUUCUGGAAGAACACCCUCGGGUCCAGUUGGCACAUGACUGGGACGACCAAGAUGGGUAAAACCGGGGAUGUCGAUGCGGUCGUGGACAGCCGAUUCCGGGUAUUUGGUGUCGAGAAUCUGCGAAUCGCUGACAUGGGUGUGGUGCCUGUUUUGACCAACAAUCACACGCAGGCGACCGCGUAUGUGACUGGUUUGACAUGCGGAGAUGCGCUGGCAGAGGAAUAUGGACUUGAUAUUUCGGAGGCUCGAUUGUAG